CCGUACGUGCGCUAGCACCCCACACGUAUUCAUGCAUGAAAACUAUCCCAACACAAACCAGACGACCACAGACUGCGCUGCCAGAGAAACUAUUUCCCCCGGAAUUUUCUCUUUUUUGGAAACUUUGUUGCCACCCGAAGCCUGAUUUUCUGACUGAAAAGAAUCCACCCAGACUAAAGCAUGCCCGUCUUCACCCCGUCCAACGGUGACCCACUGGUAGUCCGCAGCACGCUGGGCGUGGUGCCAGAGAACAGCGCCAAGGGCCACCACCUGCCGAUGACCCGCAAGGACUUCGCUGGUAACCGGCCGGCCACGAUGGCCAGCGCCAGGUUUGGCAAUCUCAGCCAGAGCGCUUUCUUUGCCCGACACAACCCACAUCCCGGCAGGGUCAGACACAUCAAAGGGCUGAACGAUAUCCCCAUCUGUGCCGUCCAUGACGGGCCGGCCCUGAUCAGCAAGCAGAGCCGUGACCUUCUCCGGCGCCCCUCCACGGGAGAAGACCGCCGGAUGUACGCCUACCGCAUCCCGGACGUCAACCCCCACAAGUACAGAAUCCACAACCAAAACCCCACCCUCAACUCUCACCGCUACCCUAUCAACACCCUGACGGGACUCAGCACGUACCCGCUGGGCUUCAAGGAAAAAGCCGAUCCAAAGAUGGGGCUCAUCCCCCUCACGGACCUGUGGCGCGAGGAGCUUCGUCAGCUAACAGACAAAGCAGGCCUGGGUCUACCCAAGGAGAUCAAGGAGCAACAGGAAGCCCAACCCAAGAGGACCAGCGUCUACUCGGCCGACACAGGCCGUCUCAUUCCGCCGCCGUCCAGGGCCAUGUCCAGGGGGUUCUCCCGUCAGAAGCAACGGCCCAGGGACCUGUUCCAUCACAUCGCCCCGGAGGUUGACCAGGAAGCACUGGUGAUGGAGAUGCUGUGUCAGAUCCUACAGACAGAUUCCAUCAAUGCUGUACAAGCUUGGCUCUGCUCAGCUGGACAGAGAGAAAAAGAUCUGGUGCUGGACAUGAUCCGCGGCGCCAUCAGCAACGAAGAGGACUACUGGAAGCGGCACCAGAACCCCGAGUUCUACGACAUGGCGGCUGUAGAGCGCCCUCGCAGCCAGCCGCCGCCCAUGAUGAACCUCCAGAACGGCUACGGGGAGCUGGACAGGCCCGACCCGACACUGCAUGAGGAUAGCCAGAAGAGGAACGGUACACCCAACGGGUACUCGCGCUACUCCUAUGAGCAGGAGGCGGACAGGAGAAAGAUUGCCACUGCCGAGAAGAAAGGAGAGACACUGUUCGGAGGAGAAGACCACCCAGCUUUAAGACAGAAGAGCGGCAAACCCGACAUCUUCAAGAUUGAGCACGAUCAGCGGCCAGCGACUCGCUCCAAGUCCCGGGCAGCAGCAGCAGCAGCAGCUGAACAACCACCCCCAGUCCAAGCUCCAAAGACUCCAACACUUCGCUACAUCUCAACACCAAAAGACGGAGGACGGCCCUGGAACCCUGAACAGGCUACCGUAGUUAACUGAGGUUUGCAAACAAACACAUGUAUUUAUUCCCUUCAUUAGACUCUGCGCACUGCGUACCGAUUUCUUGGUUUAAUAUAUCAGCCACGACAGACAAGCUGAAACAGCUUGAUGCUAAUUGCGCAUUGUUUUAAUUCUGCUCAAUGAAGGCAAUUCAUUUUGUACUCGGCAGAGUUUCUGCCUUCCAUAAGCACAUUCACUUACUUCUGAACUUCAGGGUGACUUUGCGGGGAAUACCAUUUCGGACAUUAGAUCUAACCUGUAUUUUAUCAAAACUUCUACACCUUGCAAACUUUGUGCGUCAUCAGUUUAACCCUAACUCCCUACUUAGUUUUACGAAGUACAAGACCGUGUCUGUCAAAAUCCAUCACUCACUCUGCAUCACAUAAUGCUUCAGGACCAAAUCCGUUGAAAUUCACCACUGGUGCUGGUGGAU